GAUACUUUCAUGCAUGCUGCAAGCCAUUGAGGUUGGUCGGGAGUCUAUUCCAGUUGUAGUUUAUCAAUACUGCACAAUCGCCACACAUUAAAUCAUCCAUCUUCCUCUUUUUAUUCGCAAAGUCAAAUUCAUCAAAGAACUAAAAUUUGCGCGACCAACCACCAUCACGCUCUCCGACUUGAUACACUCAAAUAACAAUACCCCACCGGCUCGCCACCAUGGGUAACGAUGGCGGAUCCAUCCCCAAGCGCCGGGAGCUCGUCAAGGAAUCCGCCCGCCUCCCCUCCGUCUCGGAACUCAAGUCGACACUGCUGGAAUCUCUCGGUCAUGCGUGGACCCACUGCGCCAUCAGCGACGAGAAGCUCGACAUGGACAAUGCGGUCAGCGACUGGCGCGGCCGGCUCUUGAAUUACGAAGCCGUGCUGCAGGGCCUUAUGCCCUCGGAGGAGGCCGACGACGGCAGCGGCAAGGCUCAGAGGUUCGCAGAGACGGGUAUCACGUCCCUGCGCGACGUGGUCAAACUCAAGUUCAAAAAGUACGCGCCGCCGGGACACAAGGCCGAGAGCGAUCAAAUCUGGGCUUGUCCGGUUUCGCUCAAGGAGAUUGGGCCAGCAACCAAGGCGGUUUACUUAGUGCCGUGCGGUCAUGUUUUUGCCGAGCUGGCGAUGGACAAGAUUACAGACUUGGCCUGUCCCGAGUGCAGCGAGACGUUUGAGAAGCAAAAUGUCAUAUCCAUACUGCCAAGAGAGGAUGCGGAGCUUGAGAGGCUGAGGCAGCGGAUGGUUGAUUUGAAGGAGAAGGGCUUGUCACACAACCUGAAGAAAGACAAAAGCAACGGGAAGAAGAAGAAGCGCAAGGCUGAAGAUGGCAAAGAGGAUGCUAUCAAGGGCGGAGAGAAGGAGAACGGAGCCUCAAAAGACCAGAACAAGAAGGCACACAUCAACAACCCGAUGACAGCUUCGCUGACGGCCAAGGUCAUGGCCGAACAGGAGGAGAGGAAUAAGAGGAGGAAACUUGCCGCGGCAAGAUGAUAUAAGCUACACAUCUGAUUACUUGCUCAUGAAAUAGACGUUAAUGAUACCCAUUGCCAACACUCAACGCAGAUGAACAACUUUGGGAUCCAUGAUGUGGAUGACACCUCAGAACCUUGAACCUUGGCAUGCAAUUUAAUAUCUACUCCCACGUUGCCGACAUGACCGUAGAAACCG